UGUAUGUGGCUGUUCUGUUUGCUGAGCCUUUAUAUUCCUGUUCCUUUGGCCAUGCAGGCAGAAAGGUAGCCAGGUAGUUGUCCAGAUGAUUUCAGUGUGACAUUUUUAAGAGCAGAAAAACAAAGCUGCAUUUGCUCUGCUAGAGGCUGAUGUGCUGGGUUGCUGUUUGUGAAGGUGCUGGAUCUCUGCCAUGGCCAAGUGGCUCUGCAACCAAACCUGGAAAACCCAAAGGGAAGAAAAAGAUUUCGUCAGUGCGGCAGAAGUUUGAUCACCGGUUCCAGCCUCAGAAUCCACUGUCUGGAGCCCAGCAGUUUGUGGCUAAAGAUCCUCAGGAGGAUGAUGACCUGAAGCUGUGCUCCCAUACCAUGAUGCUUCCCACGCGUGGCCAGCUAGAAGGAAGGAUGAUUGUAACUGCAUAUGAGCAUGGGCUGGACAACGUCACAGAGGAUGCGGUGACAGCUGUGGUUUAUGCUGUAGAGAACCAUCUUAAGGACAUUCUGACAUCUGUAAUAUCCAGACGAAAAGCCUAUCGGCUGCGAGAUGGCCACUUCAAGUAUGCCUUUGGAAGCAAUGUUAAUCCUCAGCCAUACCUGAAGAACAGUGUUGUUGCUUAUAACAAUUUAAUUGAGUGCCCUCCAGCCUGUGUGACACCUUCUGCUGGUCAGAGUGUAGCCCCUCAGCCCCCACCCGAUGAUGCGGAGCAGCAGGCAGCGCUACUGCUGGCAUGCUCUGGAGAUACUUUGCCAGCAUCCCUCCCUCCAGUGAACAUGUAUGACCUUUUUGAGGCGUUGCAGGUACACAAGGAAGUUAUUCCUGCACACACUGUCUACGCCCUAAACAUUGAGAGAAUUGUCAUGAAACUCUGGCAUCCAAACCAUGAGGAGCUGCAGCAGGAUAAGAUCCACCGCCAGCGCCUGGCAGCAAAGGAGGGCCUUCUACUCUGCUAGAGCCUGGCAGCCACGUCAGGCCCCUGAUGGCUGCUGUGCUGUUCCUUGGACUUGAUGCUGGGAUGCUUCUUAAAAUCCCAUGCCUAUGCUUCAAGGAAGAUGUAAGUUAGGAGUCAGCUUUUCCUAUGGAAAUACUACUGAGGUAAUGUAAGUGGUACACUUUCUCUGCUUCCCAAGAGUCUUGUGCCAUGGAGUGCUUGCAGCAAUCCCACUAAAUUGGAAAGGAGGAAUGAGAUUUGUUUGCAAAAACUGUUUUGUUGUUUUUUGUUGGUUUUUUUUUUUAAUAAAUGUGAGGGUGUAGAGUUGGUUUUAAAUAGUGUGUGUGUCUAUUUGUGAACGUGAUAACUGUCUCCUUGCCAUCCCCCUAAAGUAGUUUCCCUUCUGAGCUCAGCCUGCAUGAGCCUUGUCCAGCUUCUCUUGCAGUUGGUGGGAUCCUUUCCAUUCAUUUAAGUGGAAACAGUUGACUGCUAGGACAUAAAGAUGAACAGU